AUGAGUAUCAUUUACCGAAGACUGGACCCCUCGAAGCGCGAGAUCCGUCUGUUUGAAAUCCAGUCGGCGCGCAGCAUCAACGACCCCGUCGAGGGCCGGCUCAUUACCGUCCGCCUUACCGACGACCUGUCACGGGAGUACAUCGCACUCUCCUCACUCUACGGCGACGCCUCCGAAACCGACAAGAUCUUUGUGAGCGGCCAGCCUGUCACCAUCACAGCCCACUUAUCCCAAGCCCUAAAGCAUGUCCGCGCAGUCUUUUACCCGACCAUCUCGCAGCGCUUCCAGAGGACGCCGGCGAGGCGGCCUCACGGCGCUCCGCGAUGGUUGAGGCAACUGUUCGGCAUAAGCAGCUCCCGCGCCAGCGACAACGAGCCGAGGGCGUUGCGGGUCUGGUGUGACUUCCUCUGCGUCAACCAGAUGGACGACCUGGAGAAGAACAAGCAGCACUCGGACAUGCGCAACAUCUACCGCAACGCCGAGCUCGUCGUCGGGUGGCUGGGCGACAAGACGGAACAUACGGAUCUGGCGAUGGCGACGCUCGCACAGAUUGAGGACGCCAUGCCGCCCCACUGGGGAGACCCCGGCGACCGGCAGAAGCAUCCAGAGGACUACUCCCCGACGCACAAAUGGGCCGAGUCUAUCACGCACCUGUGGGAGCCGGGGGCCACCGGCGAGAUCCCCUUCAUGUUGCCGCAUUGGAUCGGCUGCAACGACUUCAUGGGCCGUCCGUACUUCCAACGCCGAUGGAUCCUCGAGGAGAUAGCCAUGGCCAGGUUCCCUACCUUUCUGAUUGGCGACACCAUCGUGCCGUGGAAGCAGGUCCUGCGUCUGAACCGCAUGAUGGAGGAGUUCAAGUACCAUCCCUCCGACAUCUUCCCCCAGUACUUGGCGGCCAUGAUAGCCGACCUGCCUCUGGAAACCGCGCAUAAGCUGCUCGACGAAUUCGCGCGGAGAGAGGCGUUAGAGGACGCCAGGAUCCUGCAGGAGGCAGGGAGCAGCAGGGCGACCUCAUCCACGCGGUCCACCGACACAAAAUAG